AGAAGUGCAAGCGUGGAUCCUACAGUACUAGUAUGUUAUGUGAAAUAGAAUGGAUCCUCUGAUUUCUUCCCCUUACAAGUAGAUGUCAGAAAAUAUUAUCAACCUGCUGAUACAUGAUCUCUUCUGCAGCUGAGAAGUAUGGAGUAUUUACCGGACUGUAAUCAGAGAUAUAAAGACAUGGAGUACUGGAAUGAACGAUACCAAACCGAAGAGACUUUUGAGUGGUUUGGAGACUUUGCAAAAAUCCGCCAUCUUCUGGUCCAGCAUGUGGGAAAAGAGGAAAACAUCCUGAUAUUGGGUUGUGGGAACAGCGCUCUAAGCUUUCAGAUGUACCUGGCCGGCUACAUGACCAUCACUAAUGUGGACUACUCCAGUGUGUGUGUAGAGAGCAUGGCCCAGCGCCACUCUGACUGCAUGGGCAUGAGCUGGGUGUGCAUGGAUGCCCGUUGUCUGGCUUUCCCUGAUUCCUCAUUUGACGUGGUCAUGGAAAAGGGUACGCUGGAUGCCAUGCUUGUGGAGGAACGAGACCCCUGGAACAUAUCAGAUACCAGCACCCAGCUACUGCACAAAGUUCUCAAAGAGAUCAGUCGUGUCCUGAAGCCUGGAGGUCGUUUUGUGUCUGUCACCUUUGCACAACCACAUUUCCGGAAGAAACUGUACGCUCGCCAAGAGUACGGCUGGUCCAUCAAGCACUAUCACUACGGUGACAGCUUCCACUACUUUCUUUACGUCCUCACCAAAGGGGAGGAGCUUAGCCCAGAAGAUGCUGCAUUGGAGAGGAGGGUGUGUUCCCAGACAGAGGACCUGCCCACUGUGGUCACAUUUCAGGAAGUUGAAAACGAGGACUUCCUCAAAAGCAUUGGCCUAUAAAAAAAAGAUUAAGCCUAUAAAGCAUUGAGCUCAGCCAAAGGAAGCAAAGACUUCUGUUUUUCUGACAGUUACUUCUAUUUGUUUUCAAUGUUUUUACUAGGGAUUCAUUGUGGUAAAGGGAUAUGGAACAUCAUGAAUUUGUUUAUCUCUUAAUUUUUUGCUAAUAUUUGAUUAUAAAAUUCUUAGGUCUUUGAAAUCCGAUUGUGAUUUCAGAUUUGUGGAAAUGCAAUGUAUAAGGUCAUGUGAAAUAUUAUUAGCUUUGUAUGUGAAGUUGAGGCAUAAUUUUCUGGCAUUCAUAAUACACUGCCUGGCCAGAAUAAAAAUCGCACACAUUAACAUUUCAUUGGCCUGCCUUUAGCUUUGAUUAUGGAACGCAUUCACUAUGGCAUUGUUGCGACAGCCUUAUGCAACUUCACAACAUUUAAUGGAAAUGAUGAUGUGAGAGUUGAUCCACUCUCUAAAGACUUCUCCAGCACAUCCCAAAGACUUUCAGUGGGGUUAAGGUCAGGACUCUGUGGUGGCCAAUCCAUGGGUGAAAAUGAUUCCUCAUGCAUCCUGGACCACUAUUUCACAAUUUGAACCCGAUGAAUCGUGGCAUUGUUGUCCUGGAAUAUACCUGUGCCAUCAGGGAAGAAAAAAAAUCCCUUUGAUGGGAUAACCUGCUAAUUCAGGUAGUCAACUGAUUUCAUUUUAUUGCCAUAUAACGUUGCUGAGCCUCAACCUGACCAGUUGAAGCAACUCCAGAUCAUAACACGGCCUCCAGAGGCUUGUACAGUGGCCACUGUGUAUGAUGGGUGCAUCGCUUCAUGUACUUAC